CGCAGUAUCAGUGCUAAGUUGUUACCAUACAUAUAACACAAGUGUCAGGAGCGUUUUUCUUUCCUCUUCUCUUUUUUUUUUUAACUGGUCCAGAAUGAGUGAGUGGGAUACUGGAUCAUCUUCAAAAGAUGGUCAAGGAAGUGAGGAUACAAGAUAUCGACAAAGUGAUACGACGAAUUCAGAUUACGAAUGUAAUAUUUGUUUAGACUCUGCGCGAGAUGCCGUGGUCAGUAAAUGUGGCCAUUUAUUCUGCUGGCCUUGUCUGCAUCAAUGGCUUGAAACUUGUUCUCAUAGAAAAGUUUGCCCUGUUUGCAAAGCUGGUAUCAGUAAAGAUAAAGUGAUUCCAAUUUAUGGUAAAGGAAGUAAUGAUAAAAAAGACCCACGGAAUAAAAUGCCACCACGUCCACCUGGCCAAAGAACAGAACCAGAAAACCCAGGUGCAUUCUCAAACUUUGGAUUUGGAGAAGGCAAUUUUCAUAUGACUUUUGGAAUUGGUGCUUUUCCUUUGGGAUUUUUUGCAUCAACAUUUAAUUGGAGUGAUGUCAGACCUGGCCCACCUCCAACAGGGUCUCCUCACCAUGAAGAAGAACAGAUCUUAUCGAAGGUUUUUCUUGGCUUGGCUAUUGUUUUCAUUUUUUGGUUACUUAUAGCCUGACCAAAACCUUCUGCAAUUCUUGUCAUGAAAAAUAACUUAACCCAUCUAAGUUCUUAUAUUUUACAAUGGAUUUCAAUACAGAUGUUUAAAAGCCAUCUGUGCGAUGGUACAUGAGGAAAUUAGAACUCACAUGAAAUGUCUCAGAAAAUAUUUCAAUGAGAAAAGUUUCUUUUCUCGUAUUUUUUAUUACAAUGGUAUUAAAUUUCUUCCUUCCCUUUAGGAAUAUUUUAAAGAAAAAAAAUACUUAUAAAGCAGAAUUGAAAUUUCCUUUGAAAUUAUAUUUUUAUCUGUGAUAUUGGAGUUUAUAUUUAAAUUUUGUUUGUUUGGUUUAAUUUUGAAUCGUUGUACUAUUUAGAAAUAGCUAGAGAUAUGUGAUAAACUGGGCAAAGGAUAAAAAAAAAAAAAAGCAUUCAUAACAGUUCAUGCUAUUGAAAUGAUUUUAUUCCUGAAGAAAAUAUUUGUAUCAUUUGUUACUAAGUUAUUUGCUUCUCUUCAAAGUUUUUGUUUUCUUUAUUUUUGAUUUUUUCUCCCCACCCCCUACUGUUACUUUCUGAUUGCUUUGCAAAAUAUUUCAUAUUAUUCUUAGAUUACUUUUAAUGUUUCCAUUUUAAAAACUAACAAUGAUUCCUUCAUAAUAUCACUUCUUUAGGUAUUUAUAUUUAUGAAUGCAAGAAUAUUAGCACGGUAUAUUUCUACCAAACAUUAAAAGUUUGUACGAAAAAAUUUACAUUAAAUUUGAUUGUCUCAGUGUAUGUGUGCAUGGGCAAGUGUGAUUAUGUAUGUUGGUCAUCAAAAGUUAAAUACCUUAUAGCAUCAUGUCAGAAAGAAUUGAUGUGAUUAUCAGCUGUUUAAAAUUACAAUGAUUUGAAGUUAAUAUUCAAUAUUGAUUUUAAAAUUUGGUCAGUUCUUUAUAUGCCUUUCUUAAUAGUAUUUAGAUGAUUCUCACUAAUUUUGAUGAGAAAAAAAAAACAAAAUUCAAAGUACUUUGUACAUUCUUAUUUAAAGACUAAUUCUGUGAAUCUAUUUUUUAAACACUUGUAGGAAUAAAUUUCUAAUUUUUUCUGUAUUAAACUUUUGUUUUGUUGAUAUUAAAGCAAUUUAAGUUAAUCAGAGGUUCUGUACCUAAUUUAUGCAACAUUAACAUCAGUAUAAUAGCUUAUUUAUUUAAUCAAAAUAUUUCAUUAUUAGUAUAAUAGCUUAUUUGUUUAAUCAAAAUAUUUCAUUAUCCACCCAGUUAAAAAGGUAAGUUUAUAAAGAUUCAUUUUGUGGCAAAACUAUUUCACCUCCACCCCCACCGUCUUUUUUGCAUCUAUGACUGAAAUAGACAUAUUGUUGGACCAUGUCAUUUUAAAAUAGGCUUUUUUAUCUUUUAUAUAUGAAAUUACAAAUUAAAAGCAGUUUUAAUAAUGUAAAAAUUAAGUCGCACAUACGAAGUGUGUUCUGUUUAACCGCCCAUUUGUUGCGAGACAGCAUCCAGGGAAAGCUCCAAACAGUGCUGUGUGUUGGUGUUUGUUAACAUUCAGUAUUAUGUAGGGAACUUUCCCUACACACUAUCCCGCAGCAAAUGGGCGUUUCAACAAAACACAUGUACCAAGAACAAAGAUGGUGCCCAUCAUCUCUGCAGACCAUUCAUGACUGUUGAGAAUGAUGUGCUUUCUUUGGUUUGAACAUCUAAGGAGAAAAUGUGGACAGGAGACAUGCAGCUAACUAGUUCAGGAGAGCAAAAGCAUUAUAGUAGCAGUUGUAGUGCUGUGAAUUAGUAAAUUGAGUCAUCCAGUAACUAUCUAGAGCUGAAAUAUUUCCUGACCCCUAAGGAAGAGUUUUAUUGUGAAUACAGUUUUUGUAUGGUUAAACUUAUGAGAUCAGAAAGCGUAGUAUUUGUAGUAACUUUGGUUUUUUUUUGCUAUUUAUGACAAGAUAAUGUGAAGUUUGGUGUCUGGCAGUACUAUUAGUGCUGGAGAAAAAACUAUUUUUAUGUCCUCAUUGAAUUGUUUCGAAGUCUUUCUCUUUUUGAAGGUCAUGCAGAUCUGGCAUGAAUGAUGCAUGUGCACAUGAUUCAGAUCUGAAGGUGGUAUCAACUGCAUAGGAGUGUGUUAGAGAUGAUAGCAAGUAUGAAUCAGAAAUCCUCCUAGACAUGUUAUAAUAAUGCAGGUUCAUGGGGAACUAGUAACAAAAAGAUGUAUUUCCAUUAGUAGGUGACUUUCGCUUGGAGGUUUUCAUGCUGGGCAUAAUCAAAGGCUUCACUAAUGCCGCAUUAUUUUCCUUUCUCGUAUCACUCACUCAGUUUAUUUUUUUUAGUGUCAACCAAAUUUUCUAUUUCUUUCAUCUUAAGUCUCUCAAUCAGUUGUUAAUUUUGGUAUAUUAUUUAUGUAUUGAUUGAUACAUAGCCAAAGACUUGUAUAUUGCAUUAUCUAAAUUUCAGCUCAGAUUAAAUUUAACGAAAAGAGGAUAUUUCUAGACUGCUGUUGGCAGUCACAACAACAACUUUUUAUAGCCUAGUAAAUAAAAGAACCAGGUUGACUAUAUAAAAAUAUUUUUAAUAUACAUACAGCUGUAGCUAUGUAUCCAUCAACAAACUCAAGUCUUUAAAUGUGGGGGACCAUAUUUCAAAUCCUAAUUCUUUCUUGUCAUACCAUCUUUAUAGGAAGGUCCAGUCUAAAAGCAUCAUACAUUUCUGAAAAUCAGUUACCUGUGUGGCAGAGUUCUGCUCAAGCAGAUGAUUAGGAUUAUUGAAUUUUGAUUCCAUUCUCCAGAGAGGACAUGGUUUUGCCUCACUUGCUCAUAACAAAUAUUGUUUACACCAUCUGAUGGGUUAUAUUUUCUCAAUUUCAUUUGAAGUAUGCAAUCUCUAAAUCACAAGAAGACCAAGUUUCUUUAAUGGAUUAAAGAUACAUUUUAAAUUA